GCACCGCUCAGUGUGUGAGUGACAAGGAGGUUGAAAAGACGGAGCUCAGCGCAAGCAAGGAUUUACUGAAUGUGUGUGUUUAGGCAGAUAUCCUCAGUAUCAGGCACAUGCAGACGGAUCCGUCUCAGGAAUCCAGUGGGAAUGUAAAGUGAAUUGAAGGAUUAGAGGAGUGUGUGUGUUUUGCCCGUGUGUGUAUGGGACACUUGUCUGGAAUACUAAGUGGAUAUGUGAUCAUAUCUGGAUCUAACUGCAAUGCCUACGGAAGAUUAUUCAUUCUCCACUGAUGUUUUACCACCAGUACCGGAGAUCCCUGACGGAGGGGCGAUCCUAAGCCCCAUUAGAAACUCUGCCCUGAGAUAUUGCUCCUCACGCAGCAUGGACUCCACGCACUGCAACGAUCGACCCGUCAGCUACGGUUCCACCUCAUCAUCGUCAUCUUCGCGGGAUAGCCACUGUUCGCUCGGGGGUCGGCCGGUAUUAAGCUCCACCCCUGAGCGGGAUCGAGAUUCUGGGGCAAUCCGGUUGGAGCUGGUGCCUGCCCGUCAGCUAGAGGAGGAGGAGACAGAAAGACAGACACCUACACCGACCAAUCAGGGGGAUGCGGAUAUACAGUCACCGGAAGGCCGUAAAGUCCAAUAUGUGGACCGAGUGGUGCAGGAAAUUCUCGACACAGAAAAAACCUACGUACAGGACCUUCGCAGUAUAGUCCAGGAUUACCUGGAGUGCAUCAGUAACCAGUCUCUUCUGCUCGGGGAUGAGGAGAGGAAUUCAUUGUUUGGGAAUAUCCGUGACAUCUACCAUUUUAACAGUGAUCUGCUUCAUGACCUGAAGAAGUGUAAUGCCGACCCGGUUGCUAUUGCCAAGUGUUUUGUAGCCAAGAGUGAAGACUUCCAUAUAUACACACAGUACUGCACAAACUAUCCGAGGUCUGUUGCUGUCUUAACAGAGUGCAUGCGAAACAAAACGGUGGCAAAGUUUCUUCGAGAACGUCAAGAGAGUCUCAAACACUCCCUUCCUCUCGGCUCCUACCUGCUUAAACCUGUCCAGAGAAUCCUAAAGUACCAUCUACUGCUGCAUGAGAUCGCAACUCAUCUUGAGAAGGAUUCAGAGAUGUAUGAUGUGAUCCAGGAGGCGAUUGACACCAUGCAGAGGGUGGCCUGGCACAUCAAUGACAUGAAGAGAAAACAUGAGCAUGCAGUAAGACUGCAGGAGAUUCAGAGUUUGUUGACUAACUGGAACGGGCCAGAUCUAAUUGGUUAUGGUGAGCUGGUUCUUGAGGGAACCUUUCGUAUCCAGAGAGCAAAGAAUGAAAGAACGCUGUUCCUGUUUGACAAACUGCUGUUGAUCACUAAGAAAAGAGAGGAGACCUACACCUAUAAGGCCCACAUCCUGUGCUGUAAUCUAAUGUUGGUUGAGGUCAUUCCUAAGGAACCUCUCAGCUUCAGUGUUUUCCACUACAAGAACCCAAAACUUCAACACACUGUGCAGGCAAAGUCCCAGCAAGACAAGAAAAUGUGGGUCCUGCAUCUAAAACGUCUGAUUCUCGAAAAUCAUCCUGCCAAAAUACCAGCCAAGGCUAAACAGGCAAUUCUGGAGAUGGAUACAGCAAAUCACUCAGGUUUUCAUUACAACUCUGCCGGUGACAAGAAAAUGAACACUAAAGAGGGUCCUUCCCCCCGGAGAACACGGAGAAAAACAGAGCCCUUAUCUAAAUUACUGAAAAACUCUAAACACAUUAUAUCCAGCCCAGAUAUACACAAGCGUUCCAGUUUAGGAAUCACUCUGCUGUCACCUGUGGCUCAUUUGGGUUCUAUUGGCCGAUCACGUAGCCUUGUCAGCGAAUCUCAAGAGUCUCUGGACCCUGGUGACCACAGUGAUGUAGAUGAAGAGCUGCAUCCACAAGAUGCUGAUGAUGAGGACGAUACUGGUCUGGGCUCUGGAGGUAAGCUGAGAGUGCCAGGAAAGAGCAACCGAAAAAGGCUGAACCAACAAGUUUCUGUAGACAGCAUUGACCAGUGGCGAAACAACAAACUUACUCAUGCAGAUCUCCAGACAGUCAAACAGUCCUUGCAAAAUGAGGCCGUCAACACCCCUAUCCUACGGGUGACUGGUCCUCCUGAAACAGCGGCAGAUGAACACAUUUCCCACAUGCUGAGAACAAACAGAGAACAUUCUGUCCGCAACAUAUGGGCAGACCAUCGAAUCAGAAGGGCUAUGUUUCCCACUCGCCAAAAGACUGUCCAAAUCGAUGAUGAUGAGGACAUCUACCAAAUGUUUUUGCCAACAGAGAAUGAUGUAAGCGGUCACGAUGCAGAGAGUGAUCACGAAACUGCUAACCAUUCAGGAAGACCUUGUAGCUGGCACAUUGAACAGACUCAAACAUCACAGCUAGACCUUCCCUCUGCUGCGGGCAGGGUACUUCGCAGGGCCAGCAGUGUUGGAGAAAAACAGAGUGACCGACAAAGCCCUACCAAACGCACCUUACAAGAGGACAAAAUCAACCACCAGACUGAGUCUUCAAGCAAUGAAAUCUCAGGGUCAUCUUCAGCUGAGCAGUUGACGAUUGAUGAUAUUGAGAAUGUUUAUGACAACAUUAGUUACGAGGAGCUUCAAGCCAUGGGGCUAAUUCGCAAGGACCAAGUUGCCCUUCCUAAAGUAGCAGAGGUUAAACCUAGGAUAACGCCACAAGUUAUAAUUACUCCAACGGAAACCGAGAGUUCAUGCGAGAGCAAUAGGUCCUCUGGUCAAGAGGGAGAGGUGUUCGAAAAGUGUGAGCUACAAAUUGUUGAGGAUGAGGAGAAUGUCUAUGACACCAUUGUCUUCAAGGAACGCCCUGUACUUUCAGUUGAUACGGAUCAGGAGGAACCAAAAAGCCUGCAGACAUCUGAGAUAGAUCUCAUGGCUAGCCAGAUUUUAAAAGGUUUUGUUUCUGAAGAAAGCCUAUAUUCCAGAAACAACACAAUAGUUGAGCACCCCCAGAGUCCCCCUGCUGCACUUUCUGAUGUUGAAUCUUCCAAAGCUGACCACAUGUUGGAGCAAGUGGAUGAGAUCUGGAAUGAUUUGGAAAACUACAUACGGAACAAUGAAAAGAAACCGGACAGACUUCCCGCAGCCUUUCCUGUUAAUGGAACAAAUCCCACAUGUACAACACUUGACUCUCCACAACAAGCACACGAUUCUCCACACAAAGCAAAAGACUCGCCAAGGAAAACACAUAGCUCUCCAAGUAAAGCAAACAGGUUACAACAAAGAGCUAAUGAUUCUCAGUGCAAAGCACAAGAAUCUCCAAGCAAAAAAGCCAGAUCCAGGCAACAAUCAAUUGACUCAGCAUGCAAAAUCCCCAUAAUAACCACCCCUACAGUUGAGGCUCCACCUGAAUCACCUACACCUCAGGUUUCAACCACCCCUCCAAUCUUCCACAUUCCCGUCCUCAACAUUCCAGACCCCCUUACAGAAAACGAGUUGGAGGAAAGAGACAAAGCAUGCUCUUCUCCUGCAGCUUAUCCCACCCCUGAGCCUCAACCUGGUACUGUAAAGAGUAUCCGGAACAAACUAGCAAGGUUAAGCAGUGGAAGCUUCCGUAUGGAUGAUGAAGACAUUUCCUCACAGAAGGACCCAGAGCCACAGGCCAUGUUUAAUAGUUUAGGGUCUGUCUCCUCUAACCUGUUGUUUCCUGGGGACAUUUGUGAUAUGGUUCUUGAGCAAGGGGAGAAGGGCAAGAACAGAGUAUUCCUCAUGGCUAGGCAGUACAGUCAGAAGAUCAAAAAGGCCAAUCAGCUACUUAAAAUGAAGAGCAUGGACCAUGAACCCAGUUGUGCUAGGCUUAAGAUAAGCAAACAGAAAGACCUGGCAGCCAUACUGGAGGAAAAGAAACAAGGUGGUACUGCUAUAGGUGCAAGAAUAGCAGAAUACUCACAUUUGUAUGAACAAGUGGGAUUUAAGUGUUCCCCUUCAACUCCUCCAGUACUGAAGUCAUCUGCCAGUAUCGCAGGCCCUCAUCCACUUUACCCCAACACCACCUCCUCUCCUUCCUUAUUAGAGAGCUCGAUGGAAGAAUCUGAUUGGUUGACCUGCACAUACAGCAAUGGGGAACUUGCUGAUUUUGUGUCCUGGCCCGUGGAAACAGCAUCUUGCACUUCAACCCUGCACAGAGAAAUGACACCUGCAUGCUCAACCCCUUCGUUGAAGAAACUUCCACCCACUCCAAGCACACCACCCAAUCAGCGCUGGAGUGCCAGUGUGAUAACACAGAGUCAAGAUGACUCUGAUCACAUUUACUCUUCAAUAGGACCACGUCCUGCAAAAGUUUCAUCCAGCAAUCGCUGCCAGUCCUCAUCUUCUCUGGUAGAGCAGACUGGAAAAGAGAACGGCAGGGGGCUGUGCAAUCGGAUGUGGGAGGUCCAUGAAAACGAAUCAAGGAUGCACAUGCCUCGGCAACACAGCCUCCCUGAAUGCCCCAACCAGAUGACCUCGGAUCUCGCGAUGCCCUGUGAUAUCACUCUGCGAGACUCGCAGCAAACACUGGUGAUGAGCAGACAGGCACCACUGAAUGCUCAACUUGCCACUGAGAAUUAUCUGGCCAACUUUAAGGACAAUGGAGAUGAUGACGAUGAUUACGCAGAGAUCCGUUCCGAAGACGAGGGCGAAGAACAAAAGCAUGAUGCACAGCUGCACACUUUGCCUGGAACUGCUGUUAAGUACUGCAGCCAGCCUCAGAGCAGCACGCAAACCCUGGGGAAAGGACAGCAGGUUUCAGCAAACUCUGAGAUGACCCUACAGGGUUACCAGUGGAAUGAUGCUGACUGCAGUCAGGGUGUAAAUCAGCCAAAAAUUGUACAGUCACUGAGAGAAAAGUUCCAGUGUCUCGGUUCUAGCAGUUUUGCAUAAAGCUGAUGAUGGACAACAUGCCAGAAAAAAUUGAGACGUGGCAAAUCUAAACAUCCACAUGGAACAUGUUACACCUUAAAGACACAACGCAAAGCAUACUGAAAACAUUCAAAUUGAAAUGUACUUCAAUGAGAUACGCACCAUACACAACAACACACAAUUUGUAAAUGAUGGAUUCAGCAUUCCUCUUCUCAUAUCUGCAUUUAUUUAAGCUAACUUUCAGGUCAUACAAGGAUUCCAAGUUUAUGUAUAGUUUAAAAAGGAAUAAAGAAAAAUAAAUCAUAGACACAACUCUUAAACUGUUACAAUACUCUCAACUACUGGUUAUAUUAUUCUAGUACAUGUCUGUAAAUGUCACCAAUCAAUUUAUAAGAUACCGUCUAAAGAACACAUGAUUGGGGAUAUUAAUUAAUUCCACUUUUUUUUUAUCUCAGCCUGUGUCUGUAAUAGCCCCCUAUACCCUCAUUCCCUAUCCCCUACAUUAGUUUGCUAAUGUAGUCCACUAAAAACCAGUGAAUGAAAACGAGGCAGUGAAUUCGGAUACUAAGCGGUGGAAGCGCUGCAAGUACCAUCUUGUGUGGAGACACGGAAGUAAAUUUGGCACACGCCACACAGUAUAUGGGUUUGAAUAAUUGCACUCGUUAACGCCCACUAUUUUGGAGACCACUACAAAUGGCUGUCUCCUCAAAUAGUGCACUAUUAAAAGGUGCAUUGUGUAACUUAUAGAAGGAUCUCUUGACAGAAAUUCAAUAUAAUCUACAUAACUAUAUUAUCUGUGGUGUAUAAAGACCUUUCAUAAUGAGCAAUAUUGGUUUUAUUACCUUUAAUACCUUUAUUACCUUCUAUUACCAUGUUUGUCCUAUGAUGGCUACCAUAUGCAUUUUACCAUAUGCUGUUGGUUGCAAUUCGCAAACUCACCACUAGAAAUUUACACACACCACCUUUAAGGGUAUAUGGAGCUAUUUCGGACACAGCCUCAGUCUACACACAUCCCUUCAUAUGAAAAUAAUGCUGAUUUUUCAUUCUUAUUGAGUAGAAUAAUGCCAUAUGUAAAUCUGGUUGUGUAGGUGGCACUAUGCUAAUAUUAGCAGUGGCAAAUCUGUGUAUUUUGUAAUAUUUGCAUGUUAUGAUUGUUUGAGGCAAAGAAUGCAUAGAAUUCAUAUCUAUUUUAUUAUAAUGUACAUUAGAUAUAGAUGUAUCAGGCUGGAAUGUCCUGUUUAUUCAAAACACAGCAAUUAAGUAAGUUCAUGAUAAAAUGUUAGUUACAAACAUUAGAACAAAAUAGUUACAUACAUUAGCUUAAUAUGAGUAACUCUGAGAAAAAUUAUUAGUAUGUGAUUUUUGUCUGUUUUGUUUUGCACAUGACAGAAACCAUCACUAGGCAAAUAGAAAUAUGUCAUUUAUAGUGUUUUCAUUUUAGGAUACUUUGUGUUCAGGGACCAUGUUGGAGAAUGUGAGGUGAUAAAAGCGUACUGUAAUUUAAUGUAAAUUUGAGUUCAAUGUUUUGUAUUGUCUGAUCAUUUCCUUGUCUUUAAAAAAUUCAGCAUUGGUUUGCUCUACUCUGUCUCCACCUAUAAAAAACACUGGUUGGCUUACACACUGUCUGUCAUCCCAAAGAUUUAAAGAUUUUAAUUCGCACAAUUACAUUUUUCUUCUUUUUAUGUUUUUUAUUUGUUCACUUGUUUUGAACAUUUCUGGUCUUGCCCAAUUUCAAAUGCUUAGAUGUCAUGAAACAAUAUUUAUUAAAUGUUUGAAUUGGUUAUUCAUUUGAUAUGAUUUGCAAAAAUUUGGUUUAAAAGUGCUGUGAAUGUUGCAUUUUUCAUUUAUUUGUUUCUUUUUUUAAUGAGCACUGUUCAAAGAUGUUACCAUUUCAAAAUGUUACAUUAAAAGAAGAAAUUAAUUCACUUGACCUCCUAAACACCAUUAACUGAGUAUAAAUGUGGAUGAAUGAAGUAAGUUUAUGGAUUUUUUUCAGGAUAUUUUGUUUUCUGUUUCAACUGAUGGGGACUGUUAUGCUUCAUUAGAAUUGUUUCUUGUGCACUUUUGCUCUUUUAAAAAAGAUAUGUUUGUAAAGAUGUACAUUUGAUUUUCAUGAAUAUUGCCAUUGAUAUGUUUUCAUGAACUUAAGUUAAGAUUUUGCUUUUUUUGUGUAUUUUUUAUAACUGCCAGUUUUAACUCUUGAGGAUUAGUCUUUUAGGCAACAAAUAAACCUUUAAUUAAAACAAAAACUUU